AUGCGUUCAAGGGAAAGAUAUAGGGAGGAUCAGGACUUGGCAGAAUUAAACCAACCUUUCCUAAAUUCUGAGGAUCGUCGCUUUCUCCGAGAAUCCAUAGGAAGUCUAGAGAAUUAUAUACCAUCUGCUACAAGCAACACAGAUGUAGAAGGGCUAGUUAUGGCAAAAGAACAGCUCCCUGGAAAAUCUGAGGAGGAGGAGGAGCACGGUUUGGAAUCUGCUAACGAGGAGAUAACUGAGUCGCAAACUUUUAACCCACAGGAAAAAGGAGGACAAAAUUCAGAUGAGACAAUGGGGCAGAUCACUGAGAAAACAAGAGAAGCCUUUAAUCUCCUAGCUAAAGGUGAAAAUCAGAGAGCAGUUGAUUUGCUUUCCAGUGUCAUCAAGCUGAAUCCAUACCUUGCCAGCUCAUACAUUAACAGAGCCACUGUCUUCCUGCAGCUGCGUAAGCCAAGCACGGCCAUUAGUGACCUUGAUAGAGCUAUUGAACUCGAUCCUAAUUCAGCAAAGGCCUAUAAAUUCCGAGGAAAAGCCUUUCAGCUUUUGGGACAAUUAAAAGAAGCAGCCUGUAACAUUUCCUUGGCUUGUAAAUUGGAUUCUGAGGGGCAGGCUAAACUUGAUUGGGAGGGAGAGGCCAGUGAAGAGACUGAGAUUGCUCAGAGUGAGUUGGAGAUAGAUAAUGAAGGGAUAAUUGAACCAGAAGAUGAGCUCCCAGAGAUGGGAGAUGAGAAUUUGAAGGUAACUAGUGACAUGAUGAAGCAGGCUGAUGAAAAGAAAAAGGAGGCUUUUGAUGCAGUAGGAAGAGGUGAAUUUCAAAGAGCCAUUCAGCUCUUUACUGAUGCCAUCAAACUGAAUCCACAACUUUCUACUUUGUAUGCCAACCGAGCCAGUGUCUUUGUACGGCUGCGAAAGCCAAAUGCUGCCAUUAGAGACUGUGACAAAGCCACAAAAAUCAACCCAGAUUCUGCACAGCCCUACAAAUGGAGAGGGAAGGCAUAUUGGCUCCUGGGACACUGGCAACAGGCUGCCAAGGACCUUGCAUUGGCUUGCCAGCUGGAUUAUGAUGAAGAUACCAAUGACAUGUUGAAGGAGGCUCAGAGAAGAGUCCAAAAAACUACUGAACACCAAAGAAAGUAUGAGGAAGACCAAGAGGCAAAGGAAUCAAUGGAUGGAUUGCCAAAGGUGAGAAAAUCCAUGGCAGAAGAGGAGAGGGUUCAGUGUCUGACUUCUCAAGAAGGGGAAGGUCACCUUCAGAAUCUCAAAAAGCACAAACAGGUUCACUUUUGGACCUUCCAAAAACCUGCUAAUGAUUGCUUUAGGGAAUCUGAGGAGUCAAAAAAACAUCCACUGGAAGCUUCACAUGGGGCUGAAAGAGAGGAAGAGCGCAGCAGAGAACUGAAGAGUGAAGAUAGUGAACUCAGUACUGAAAAUGAACGAGGCUUUGAAGACGAUGAAGAUAUUCAGGAAAUGGGAGACGAAAAUCUGAAGAUAACUAACAAUAUGAUGAAGCAGGCCAAUGAAAAGAAAAGGGAAGCCUUUCAUGCACUGGGAGCAGGUGAACUUCAUAAAGCUGUUGACUUGCUUACUGAUGCCAUCAGACUGAACCCACAACGUGCGGUCCUGUAUGUAAACCGGGCCAGUGUCUAUGUAAAGUUGCGGAAACCAAAAGCUGCCAUUAGGGACUGUGAUAAAGCUAUAAAAAUCAACCCUAACUCUCCACAGCCCUACCAGUGCAGAGGGAAAGCAUUCCAGCUCUUGGGUCACUGGAACAAGGCUGCCAAAGACCUUGAACUGGCUUCCCAGCUGGAUUAUGCUGAAGACACCAAUUUCAUACCAACAGAUGAACAAAAGAAAGCUCAUAAAAUCUUGGAAGAGCUGGAGAAAGCACAAAAAAAGGCCAUAGAAGAACUUGAGAGAGCUCAGAAAGAAUUCCUCAGUGAGCAAAAGGAAGUUCAGAAGAAAGCCCUGGAAGAGCAGGAGAGGGCUCGGAAAGCCCUGGAGCAACUGGAGAGAUCCCAGAAACAUUAUAUGGCAAGACAAGGGAACUUAAAGAAGAAAGUCUCAGUGCACUGGGAAAGACCUGAAAAAAGCAUUCCCGAGGAAAAGAUGCAAUUUCAGAAAAAUGCCAAGGAAGAGUGCGGGCCACCUGGCAAUAUGUUAUCUGGGGAAUUGGAAAUAACUCAGAAGAAGGACUUAAAAGAUCAGGCAAAAGCUUCUUUUCAGCAGGGAGGAGACUGGGAUAAAGAAGCAGAAGAAGAGACAGCAGGUCGGAGAGCUGUUAGGGAGGAAGGGCCAAGCCCUGGGAGGAGUGCAGACGAACCCGAAGGCUCACUGAGACCAAUUGCAAAGUCCAUUUGGGACUUCUUUGAAUCAGGGUAG